ACGCACAAAAUUGCUACUGCUACCGGACGAUUUGAAUUUGUCAACCGGGGAAACAUGUAUAUCAAGGGGAAGGGAGAAGUGGAAACCUAUUUCCUACUCAAAAGUACAAAGAAGAGCGUAUGGGAAAUCAUCGACCGAGAGCGAGGUAAUCUUGAUUGUACAGCUCGUGAACCAGAGAAGCGCAAGAUGUCAACAAGAAUUCCAUCGACGGCUAUGAAGAACUCGAGACGGGCAUGGCUUACUCCGAAAGACGGCAGUUUAUUAUACAACCAUUAG